GAAAAAAAGAUUGUGAGCUCAAGUCCCACAAUUCUAGCAUGCAGUAAAUAGAACACGUUUUUAGACCGUUACAAUACAUAGAAGCAGGUACAAUUUUUUUUUAUAACCUAGAAAUUAUGUUUACAAACUGUCAUUACCAACUCUAGUUAGUGAAACCUCACAGUAGUGAAAUCAAUGAGCGUGAAGCAAGUCUACACUAGACAUUUACAUAUCAUUGCCACAAAGAAUAUUGCCUUGAAUAAAAAGAUAAAAAAUAAUGUCAACAAAACUUGCUGCAGCGACAAACGAUUCAGUAAAACCUAAGAUUAAAAAAAUUGGCCCCAUGCCUAAGACUGAUCAGUAUCUUCAUGAUAGGCCGGACAACAACCAACAAAUCAAUGUGAACCAAAGCUGCUACAAAAAGAAGGACAAGAAGGCAGAGUGCCCACCCAAUUGUGACACAAAUGACCAACACAAGGCGUGUUCAAAAUGCGGACUCUGCAGUCCACAGUGCACAUGUAACAAGGAUCCCUCCAAAUGUGAUGCCAACGAACAACAGUGUGCAAACAGUUGUGGCAAUAAAGAAUCGUGCGGCAACUCCCCAAGUGCAGGUUGUGAUAACAAACAGCAGAACAAUAUCAACAUGAACAAGCAGCAAGACGACAUGGCGCUGGUCAGAGAGGAACCACUGACCACGUCUCGCUGUGACCAACUCAAACAACCCACCAUCGGCUCCACAGAACAGCUGGGGGAGACAGGGGGUACGCCCGUUAACAAUCAGCAGACUCACCGUGAACAUGGAUCUGCCAGAAAUACCCUGACCAGAGUUAAGAGCCAACUGAAGAGAUUGCUUAACCACAAGCCCGUCAAAAUAAAAGUGUUCGAGCCUAGUGGUGAGACCAAUACCAAUGUGAACAAAGCAGCAACAAACAUGCACUUGUUUUUCAAUGACAAAUCAGAAGCUACUUGCAAGGUUGUUAUUAAACGACAAAACUUUCCAAGUGAUUUAAAGAAAGAAAUGGAUAAUUCCAAAACUGAUACGCUGAUGGAUGAUGGCCCUUCUGAUGUAGAAGAUAACACAAAAAAUAUAAACCAAGAAGUCACUAAAUCCAAAUCCACUGAAGAAAACAGUAAGCCUUCUAAGUCUGAAAUAUCUAAAGCAGUUAAUUCAAGCCUCAAAAAAGUGAACUGUUUGCCAGGUGAACGAAGCUCUUCCACAGAAAUAAAACAUCAGGAAGAAGAAAUCAGAGAACAAAGUGUAAGCAACACAUCACCAGAAAAUAGAAGAGCUCUCCCCAAACAGAGAACAUUUAUCAUUGAAAAACCUAAAAUGGCUUGGAGCUCUCCAGUAAUGAGAUCUAAAUGUGAACGCAAUGACUCGGGCAGCCCAGUUAGAGGUAUACAAAGUGGUAGUUCCCCUUUAGUAGCCACGGAUGUAAAAAGCCUACAUUCUAACUCUAGAGCUACAUUUGAUAUUGGCCCAACCGAGACCAAAGAUAUUGGAGCAUGGAGCACCCACGUGACCAGCACUUCAAGCAACAAGCUUCUUCGUGUAGAGAAACACAGUGAGACUUAUCUCAGGCCACAGAUGCAAUCCUACAGUGACCCAGUCAUAGAAGACUCGAAUGUGUGUUCAGCAGAUGCUGAGGAAGUUGGAAACGAGGUCAUCGCUAGUGAUGAUGGCGGCGAAAGUAGUGGCAAUGACAAGGAUGAAGCCAACACUUCUCAACAUAAAAUCAACGAUUCUCUAGCAUGGGUCAUUGUAUCAGAUGAUAAAAGUAGCUCAGCACAGGUAGAGAAAGAUACCUCAGCUUCAUCUAAUGUUCAGUCCUCUGACAUUCGUCAACCUGUAUCAGCUAAUCAACAUCCUCCAAGAACUAAUCAGAAAAAGUCAAAACUACUGAAAUUCACUAAAACGUUUGCUAAUCUGCCAAAUAACAUUACAGGCAAUAUACUCAACAUGUUUCCAUCUAGCUCGAGAUUGAACAGACCAAAAUACGGAAACUCAAAGGGAGACAAGCCAAACUUUGUUGACAGACCUACUGCUACCGCAACACAUCCACAGCAGCCAGAACCUGAGGGUGACUCAAGUCUGCUGUAUGAAGCCGUUCUAAUGAAACAUGCCAGUACACUGACCAGAUCCAAGAAACACACUCAUGAUGCUGAAAGAUUCAGCGAUUCCCUUCAAAAGUAGUUGCUUUGUACACUUUUUGAAAACCUUACUUAUGAACUCUAUUCUUACUGGGCUAUGGUAUAUCAGUGAACUAGCGUACCUCACAAAAGCAGAAAAAUGAACUCUGGCAAGUGCAUAAACCAAAAAAAAGCAAUAUGAACUCAAAGGAAUCCUUAAGUAAAAAGAAUAUUUCACUUAAAUAUGUUAGAAGUCCAAUAUCUUUAAAAAAAAUAUAUAUAUACUUUAUACUCAUGCUAUUUUAAAAAAUUCAUUUUGCAAGAUGAAAAAUAAAAUCUUAAAACAAGUUUUAAAAAUGUUC